CACCUGGACACAAGGACAGAGGUGGAGCAUGCAUUGGACCAAGAUGAAGAAAGAUGAGCUCGAACUGCAGUACUCCCCCAGCCGGUGGUCUCACAGGAUGUCCGCGGACGAAGUGAUCAAGGCGCACGAGAGGGCUCUGAAGGAAGGUACUGACAAAGCCCGUGCUCUUGCUCAAACUCUUCUCAAUGUGCCUUAUGGAGAAGGUGAUGGAGAAAAACUGGACGUGUACAUCCCAAGCACCAACUCUUUAGAUAUGCCAUUGGUUAUUUACAUACAUGGGGGGUACUGGCAGUUUCUCAGCAAAGAGGAGUCAGGGUUUAUGGCUGUUCCACUUGUUAGUAAAGGAGUGGUGGUUGUGGCUGUAGAUUAUGACAUUGCCCCCAAAGGUAAUAUGGAUCUUAUAGUUUCACAAGUGCGCAAGAGUGUGGUGUCUGUUGUUCAGCAAUAUUCACAUAUCAGUGGUUUGUUCAUCUGUGGGCACUCGGCUGGGGCACAUUUGGCUGCCAUGGUCCUGUCCACUGACUGGUCCCAGUAUAGCAUCACUCCUCAAAUAAAAGGUGCAUUCCUCGUCAGUGGUAUUUAUGACCUCUUGCCCAUUGUGUCCACCUAUGUCAACGAGCCUUUGAAAAUGACAGAGGAGGUGGCCAUUAGAAACAGCCCCACCACACUGAUCCAGCAGCUGAAGAGCUCGUCCUCAGGGUGCCACAUUGUUGUAGCUGUGGCCGAACACGACUCCCCAGAGUUUCGCCUGCAGUCUGAGGAAUACUACAAAAUGUUGGAGGCUUCAGGUCUGAAUGUGAUGUUGGAGAAUGUGCCAAACACAGACCACUUCAACAUUAUUGAGCUCCUGGUAGACGAGGAGUACCACCUGACCAAGCUUCUGUUGAAGAUGAUGGGAAAGUGCUGAGUUGUGGUUAAAAUGUCAUAUGCCAUCUAUUAUCAACAAACACCUCUGAACAAUGACAGUUAUGCAAAAGGUAGAAUUUAGGUGGUUUCGAGUUCAUGCUAUCAAUGGUCCCUUUACUGUUGUUACUGUGUCUCUAGGUUAUAUGUAGUCACUGUCCCUGACCUUGUUACCAACUACUUGUGAUGACAAUGCAAAUUGGUAUUUCAUCAGAGAACAAGUAUUUUAUUGACUAAUAUUUAUUUUUCUAAAACAGUUUGUACCUGUUUGUAUAUUAUCUUAAUCUUAUCUGUAAUCUGUACCAUUGCAGGGUUAUGUCAAAAUGAACCACACUGCUACUAUCCCAGGGAAUUUUACUGUAUUAUUUUCUAAACAUGAGUCAGCAUUCAAGAUUUUGUCAUUGUCAUAGAAAACAACCAAAAUUACAUUCAGAGCAUCAACAGUAACUGUAUUAACAACAGUGAAGUGUAUGAGCAUGGGGAGUUUAAUGUCAUUAUGCAACAAUGCAAACUUCAGUUCAGUGUUAUUGUAUUGGUGGAUGUGGUUAUUGUCCAUGGGAGGGAGGCAGACAGGGGAGGGGGGCACUGUUCAGCAGCCUCACAGCCUGAAGAUCCAGGCUCUUGGUCAGUGUGGUGGUUCUGGCCUGUAUGAACCUGUACCUUCUACAUGAGGACAGCAGCAGGUGGAAAAGGUAAGGGUGGUACCAGUCAUGCAGGAUGUUGUGCACUCUCAUCAGAUAGUGAGUGGUGUAGAUGGCACUGAUCUCUGGGAGAGUUGUCACAAUGAUUUUCCCUGCUGUACACCCGCUGCAGCUGGAGCUAGAAAACAACAAAUAGUCUAUAUGUCAGAGCACUACAGAUGGCACAGUUGUGGAAGUUCACCAUCACUGGUCUGGGGAUGUUUGCUUCUCAUUUUCCUUAGGUAAAUGUCCCAGAACAGGUUCUUGUUCUUGGUCACCCUCUACACCUCAGUGCUGAUAGAGAGGUCAACAAUAAUCUCCUUGGUCUUCUUGAUGUUCAUGAUCACAUUAUUGUGACACAUGGCACUUUGUCAAAGCUAUAACUUAUAGUGAUACUGCCACACAACACUUGCACUAUAUCAUUUACACUUACCCUAUUUGCACUUGUGUUUGUUACAAAUUGAUCAGAAAAUAUAUAUAGUGCCAUAUUUAUCAGCAUAUUUAUGGCAGUCAUCACAAUAAAGAAGCAUUUAACAUUAAA